AAGAGAUGUCGUCCAGAAAGGAUUUGCAAGAAAGCUUUUACUCAGCAUUUGUAAAACAUCGUAAAGGAGAAUAUAAUGCAGAACUUGACGAACAUAUUCAGACUGGAGGAAGAGACAUCUUGCAGCAACAUCACCCUCAACAAAAAUACCGGCUAAAUGGGCACUCGAUCUUUUGGAUGGUUGCUKCUAUAUGCGUAUUUUACUACACUGAUUUCUACAUUGCAUUGAGGAUUGAUCCUCGAAUUCUCAGAUUAUGGCUUGGGAUAGGAGCCUUAUUAAUUGGAGUCAACAUUGUUAUUGGAAUAUAUCUCAUUGUUUGGUGUAGUUACAUAAAAAAAAUGAAUGAUUGGGAUAAACACCAUCCAUUCCUUAUUCCUAUUGCAACAGUCACAUUUAUCAUUGGAUUUAUAUGCUGUACCUAUGCAUUAUGGCCUGUUUGGGGUUUCUUGACACCUUUUAUCAAUUUUACUCUUUUCAUGGGAAUUAUUUUUCUUGCCACUCUUAUUCCUGUUUAAGAUAUUUGAAGAAAGUCUGCGAUCCAAAUGGAGGGCUUACAACGUUCACGUAAUCAUAAAUGCGCGUUUACACUUGGGAUUUUUGCAGCGCGAUAAUCGCCACUUUGCUAUCGCGCAACAAAAAUCGUCAAAACAGAUUGUUGCGAUUGUUGCGGCGAUGUAAAAUCGCCGCGAAGUUGCAGCCAAUUUUCAAGCAUGUUCGAAACUCAGGCGAUGAUCGCGCGACGAUCGCAACAAGAAUCGCUCUGCAAAAAUCRCAAGUGUAAACGGGCCUUAGCACUGAUAGACUGAUACCAUAUCAGGAUCCUGGCUYCCUUCAGAAAGCAAGAUUCUCCGAUUUCAUAUAUGGAUUCCAAAACGAAGAGUACUUAUACACUACAAGAUUAGACGUCGUACGACCGACGUUUCUAUUGUCAAUUACUUAUUGCACACUUGAAACGCUUUUGAACUUCAGUGGAUGACUAUAAAUCUUUGUAAGCCGGAGAACUAUGAGGUUGUUACACUCUCUUAUAGAAUGUAAUUAGUUGAAUUAAGUCAACCUGUCUUUGAAAUGACCUUGUCAACAACUAAUCCAAAUGAAAAUAUAUUGAUAAAGCCCA